AUGUCAAAACAGGUUACGCUCUCAAAGUUCUUUGCAACCAAGAAUCCGAAAUCGUCGGGAAACAGUUUUUCAACUGACGAAGAUACCCAGUCUAAACGAAAUGGAAAGAGUUGCCCCCUCCUUGGGACGAUGCUGUCUCAGAUUGUGGCGACACUGCUGCCGCUCCUGCACCAACUUCCAAAACAAGUGGCAGAUAUAUUCACAUACAUGAUUGUGGAAAACAGGUCCGCCCUCCACCACCACUUCCACGAGGUGUACUUCCUGCCAGACAUUCCCGAGUUGAGUGAUGCUAAUGCAGUGCUGAAACAGUAUGCUGAUGGACCCUCGAGUCAAUCCGACCUGGGAACACAGCUGGCCCACUCAGUACAGGGCAUCAAACAUGAGAAUAUAGAUGUGAGGAGACAAGCCCUUUCAAAACUUAGAAAAAACUCCUGCGAGAAGACAAGGAUACCCAAUACACUGAAUGAUUACAUUAUGGGGAGUGAAGUAGCGGACCCUAUCAUAUCUCAGCUGGUGACUGUUUUGAUGGCUGGGUGUCGCGAGUCUGACAGUGAGGCAGAAUUGCUGUACGCUGAAUGUCUUGGUGAACUUGGGGCUAUUGACCCUGGCAGACUUGAGCUGAUGGGAAACAACCCAAAGGAGGAAAUGACAAAAUUCAAGGCUACAGUGGAAGACGACAACUUUGCUGUUGGUCUCAUCAAUGAGGUCCUCAAAGCCUUCCUGUCAGCCACAGAACCAAGAGUCCAGGACUGCUCGGCCUUCGCUCUACAAGACCUGCUGCAAAUCUAUGAAAUAUCUGAAGGGAAGGAGAGCGACAAGACCCCAAACAAGCUCUGGAGGAGAUUCCCAGAACACAUGCAGGAGAUUCUCAUACCCCUGCUUACUUCCAAAUACAAACUGGCAUCAGAAGCUGUGUGGGACAAGUGCCCCAAGCCAAUCUACCAGAGUACCAAGGGAGGUAACUUCAAGGACUGGGUCAGCAACUGGACAGGCUAUCUCAUAUAUCUCACAUCCAGGUUGAACCCAGGAAAGGCUGCCCGAGUAUUCCAAGCAUGUAGUGCAUGUAUUCGGCACAACAUCCAGGUGGCGCUGUACAUCCUGCCUCACGUGGUUGUGCAGGUCCUGCAGGAUGGACGGGGCGAGGACGUUCAGGAGAUCUACACUGAGAUAUUAGAGGUGAUCAACCAGGUGAAGAAACCUGACACUCGACAUCGAAGCCCGUCUGACUUCCGCCACAAGAGUGCCCAGACAGUGUUCUCUGUCCUGGACUAUCUGGCCAAGUGGUGUCGGCACCGAGCACAGGCCAAGCCAGCUGCCAACUCCAGCACUAGACGUAUGUCAAGGACCAUUAGAGAGACACCGUCGUCGACACUGAUGCAGCAGAUACUCACACAUGAGAGUCUGGGCCAGCAGCAGGAUGCCCAGGCAUGUUAUGAGCAGGCUAUCCAGAAGGAACCGGAUGAAGUCAGCCACCACCAGGGUCUGCUGGCCAGUCUCAUGGAGCUUGGUCAGCUGAACAAGGCACUGCUGCACACCACCGGGGUCAUUGCCGAGAAACCAGCCUGGAAAGCUCAGCUGAACGCCUACAGGAUCGAGGCCUCCUGGAAGUUGGGCAGCUGGGAUAAACUGGAGAUGUUCUGUCACGGAGAAACUCACCGGCGGAACUGGGCAGUUGGAGUGGGCCGGGUUCUGCUGGCAGCUAAGGACAAGAAGGAGGAAGAGUUCUGUAAGCAGCUGGAGAUAGUUCGACGUGAGCAGAUGGGACCUCUGUCUGCUGCCAGCAUGGAGAUGGGUUCAUACCACCGAGGAUAUGAGAAUAUUUGCAGGCUGCAUAUGUUGAACGAGAUCGAGCAGGUGAUGAGAGUGUUGCGGGACUUCCCUGUACACUGUGUUGACUCAGGAGACUCUGCUGCCAAGAUGGCACCUGAAGAGCUGAUCAAGCAGUGGCAGGACCGCAUACAGAUGUGUCAGUCAUCUUUCCGAAUCCAAGACCCUAUCCUGACCUUGAGACGGACCCUGUUGACCCUGUGUCAGUCGGACCAUGACCUCAGCACCAUGGUGGGCAAGUCGUGGCUCUGGAGCACCAAAGUGGCCAGGAAAUCAGCAUAUCUCCAGACGGCAUACACCUGUCUACUGCAAGCCAGCACCUUCAGUCUGCCCGAGUUCUUCCUGGAGAAGGCAAAGUGGCUCUGGGAAAAGGGCAACAAUGAUGAGGCUCUUACGUGUUUGGAGAAAGGUAUUUCUGUCAACUUCAACAACAUGUCCCAGCUGAAAAUGGACAACUCGGAUGAAGGCAAGCAGAAGAAGAAGACAUAUGCUCAAGGCUUGUUGCUGUAUGGGCGUUACAGCGAGGACACCUCCAGUCUGGAGAGCAAUGCCAUCAUGAAGCAGUACAAGGAUGUGAUCGACAUCUACCCCAGGUGGGAGGAUGGCCACUUCUACCUGGCCAAGUAUUAUGACAAGAUCAUGAUGGCUCUCAUUGAUGACAAGGAGAAGCCAGAGAAGCAGGGAGAGUUCAUCAUCUAUGUGGUGAAGUUCUUCGGCCAGUCGCUGCAGUACGGCAACCAAUACAUCUACCAGUCCAUGCCACGCCUCCUCAGUCUCUGGCUAGACUACGGCACCACAGUCGUCGAGUCUGAGAAGAAGGAACGUGGGAAGAACUCACAGAAACUGCAGGCACAGCGAACCAUUCUCAGCAGAAUCAACAAGAUUAUCUCUUCACUGGGUCGUCAGCUGCAGCCGUACCAGUUCUUCACAGCCUUCCCCCAGCUAAUCUCACGUAUCUGCCACGCCCACCCUGAUGUGUUUCAACAGUUACAGGACCUGAUUGCCAGUGUGCUGGUGCUGUACCCACAGCAGGCCAUGUGGAUGUUGAUGGCGGUGUCAAAGUCUUCCUAUGCGAUGAGAGUCAAGAGAUGUCAACAGAUCUUUUCCACAUCAAAGGAGAACAAUCCGGAUCUACACAAGUUCAUCCAGGAUGCAACUAGACUGACGGAGCGACUGCUGGAGUUGUGUGAGAAGAACUAUGGGCAGUCCACCACACUGAGCAUGUCCACACACUUCAAACCCCUGAAGAGACUACUGGAGGACGAAAACUUCAGUUCUAUUCUGCUGCCUCUUCAAUCUGCCAUGACGGUCAAGUUGCCCAAUGUCCAGGGUGUAGCAUCCAACCACAAUGCUUUCCCAGACACACAGGUCUACAUCAAGGGCUUUGACGACACAAUUGAAAUCCUGCCAUCAUUACAAAGACCUAAGAAGAUUACCCUGAUUGGCAGCGAUGGCAAAUUCUACAACAUGAUGUGUAAACCAAAGGAUGAUCUCAAGGACUGCAGGCUGAUGGAAUUCAAUACUAUAGUGAACAAGUUCCUUCGAAAGGAUCCUGAAUCAAGAAGAAGAAAUCUUCAUAUCAGAACUUACACGGUGGUUCCGCUUAAUGAAGAGUGUGGACUGCUGGAGUGGGUGAACAACACAAGCGGACUCCGUUUUAUCCUCCUCAAGCUGUACAGAGAGAAAGGGAUCUACGUCAACGGCAAGGAACUGAAGACCAUGAUGCCAAGCAUACACGCCCAGCUGGAGACAAAGAUGCAGAUCUUCCGAGAGAAGUUGCUGCCCCGUCAUCCUCCCGUGUUCAAUGAGUGGUUUCUGCGGACAUUCCCAGACCCAACAUCAUGGUACAAUGCCCGUCUGGCCUAUGCCCGCACGUCUGCUGUGAUGAGUAUGGUGGGUUACAUCCUGGGCCUCGGUGAUCGACACGGAGAAAACAUUCUGUACGACUCCACCACAGGGGACUGUGUGCAUGUAGACUUCAACUGUCUUUUCAAUAAGGGUGAAACAUUUGAGUGGCCAGAACGGGUGCCCUGAUUGACCCACAACAUGGUCGGCGCUCUGGGUCCAAUGGGGGUUGAGGGGAUCUUCCGACAGGCGUGUGAAGUGACGCUGCGCGUGAUGAGGAACCAGAUGGACCCUCUCAUGAGCAUCCUGAGGCCCUUCAUCUACGAUCCCCUGGUAGAAUGGAGCAAGCCAGCCAGGGGUCAGAGGUCAAACCCAACAGAAUCAGGAGAAAUCUCCAAUGAACAGGCCAUGAGCCAUGUCCAGAACAUUGAACACCGUCUGAAGGGAAUCCUGAAGACCAAGACAAAGCCAAGAGGACUCCCCCUUUCCAUUGAGGGGCAUGUCAACUAUCUCAUUAAGGAAUCAACAGAUGAGAAGAACUUGAGUCAAAUGUACAUUGGUUGGGCUGCGUAUCUCUAGAAGUCCGUAGGUCACCGUGACCGAGUGGGUACUGAUCAUGGAUGUCACCCUGAAGAAGAUACAUGUGGACAUUUGACAUAACUGGCUCCUUGACUGAUAGAUGCUGAUUUAGACCAGAUUUCUUGUAACAGUUUUGUUAUUUGUGUUCUUUCACACAUCUUACACUAAAUCAUCAUCGGAGAUGAGUACUAGGCUUUCUGUUUACUUACUUCUAUGUAAAUUAUUAAUUUGUUAUCUGUUUUUGAAAAGAUGAAACAUUUUGUGUUCAGUUUCGAACUUGUGUGAUGAGUUACAUGACUGGUGUGGCUACAACCGUGUUAGUUAUUUUGAAGUACAUUUCAUUUGUGUUGAUUUUGUUUUCCAAUAAUGAUAUUUUUCUCUACAAAAGAUAACAUUAAAACUGCUGGUAUAAGAAA